AUGCUAUCACAGGCGUGGAACACGGACCAGGUGGGCCAGUGGAUAUCUUCGCUGGGGUUCCCGCAAUACUCAAAGUCGUUCAUUGACAACAACAUCACCGGCGACGUGCUGGUUCACCUCGACCACGAUGAUAUCAGCGACAUUGGCGUGACGAAGAUCGGUCACAGAGUGCUCAUUCUCAAAAGCAUAUACCAGUUGAAGGAGAAGGAGGGAGGCACAUACGACAAGGAUGGCGACGGAGACGCCGGGGGCUACGUUCCUCCAUCCAUCAAAACCACCGAUAUAGACGACUACAACCGGCUGUUCAAGAGCUUUGAGAUCCGAGAUGAGCGCGUGUACCACGUGGAGCAGGAGCUCAAGAAGCUCAUUGACUCUUUUAACAAGAUCAGAGAAGACCUGCUUCCUCUGUUCAAGUUUGUCAAGGAAAGCAAACCGCUGCCCACUCCUGAUGGAACCAACCCCAUCCAUGCCCAUUACUUACAUUCGCCAGGAACCCCCAAUGACGCUGCUGCUCCAAAUACAGCCGCCAAAGAGCCAGGUUCCGGGGCCAACAACCCGGGCCCUUCUAUAGCCCGGAAGCUGAGCAAGUUGAACAACAAGAGUGCCCAGAAGUCGCCCACAACUCUGGAACCCGAGUCUGCAGCAACAGCGAGCUCCUCCGGAACUUCUGGACCCUCGGAACAGAAACGGCCGAAUCUCUAUCUCGGCUCAGUCAAGUCGUUAUUGUCUCCCUCAGACUCCUCGGUGGCUGCCACUCCCGUAGUUACGCCGGGGGGCUCUACCACCCUACACUUCUCCCAUCCCUACCAGAGCGGGUCUGCCGCAUCGUCACAAGUCAACUUCUCCAACACAUCCUUGGUUUCGCCUGGGGCCCAGCCAAGCAGCACCAACGCACAACCCACCAGCACCAGCCAACCGGUUUCUAACAGCAGCCAGUCCACCAGCACUCUGGCGACAGAACCGUUCAAGUCGUUCCGAGUGACGCUAGACGACCCCUGCUACAAGGUGCUGCCGGCAGCUCUACGACGAUACAAGAUCAACGGCGACUGGAAGCAGUAUGCGCUGCUGGUGUGCUAUGGAGACCAGGAACGGCUUCUGGGGCUUGAGGAAAAACCGCUCAUCAUUUUCAAAGAGCUGCAAGACGCCGGAAAACAGCCCGUCUUCAUGCUACGCCAUAUCGAGGGCAUGAAACAGACAGGCGUCGUCGUAGGUACCCCUGGAGGUGUUCUAUAG